AACAGGUAAACAAAAGAACUGAACUGUCAGUUUCGGAUUGAAUGAAAACAUCUUCACACGUGCGACUGGUGGUCCCUCCCGGACGCACAAUUUUUCAGAUUUUUUGUUUCAAGUUCUUCACUCAAAAUGACGUGCAUCGGCAAGGAAAAUAGUUACCUGAUCUACCGUGGAAGCAACUUUCUCAAGCAGCGACUGAUUCUUUCGACGCUGUCUGGCAAACCAAUCGAAAUACGGGACAUUCGGCUGCAAGAUGACACGGAUGGGCCCGGAUUGCGUGAGUACGAGACGGAUCUGCUCAAGCUGAUGGACAAGGUUACGAAUGGAACGCGCAUCAAGGUAGAUCGGUCCGGGUGUUCGUUCCAGUACGUUCCGGGAUUGUUGAACGGAGGUGCUUUUCAGCACGAUUGCUGUCCGGAACGGGGUAUUGGGUACUACCUGGACGUACUGCUGGCGCUGGGACCGUUUUGCAAGACGCCACUGGACGUGACGCUGACGGGUGUGACAAACAGCCCGGAGAGCCCUUCGGUGGACCAUAUCAAGGGAGCGGCUUUUGGGGCGUUGAAGCGGUUCCUGUUGGAUGGGGAAGGACUUGAGCUGACCAUUCGGAAGCGUGGGAUGAUGCCGGCAGGAGGUGGAGAGAUUACGUUCAAGUGUCCCGUGCGGAAAACGCUGAAGGCGAUUCAAUGUACAAAGCAGACGAUGGUGAAACGGAUCCGGGGAACCGCUUACUGCUGCAAGGUUUCUCCGGCGAUGGCCAACCGGGCGGUCGAGACGGCGAAAGGGACGAUGCUGAACUUUUUGCCGGACGUUUACAUCAACACCGAUCAGCACAAGGGCAAGCGAUCCGGAAACAGUCCUGGUUACGGAAUUAAUCUGGUCGCGGAAACAACGGACGGAACUCAAUAUGCUGCGGAAGCCAUUUCGAAGACGCUCGCAGACGGCGGGAACCCUUCGAUUCCGGAGGAAAUUGGCAAGGAGGCGGCCAUGAAGCUGCUGGACGAAAUCUACCGCGGCGGAUGUGUGGAUUCUACGUUUCAAUGGAUGGUCACACUGUACAUGGCGCUGGGUCAGAAGGACGUGUCGAAAUUUCUGAUUGGGCCGUUGUCGCAGUACACGAUCUACUUUCUGCAGCAUUUGAGGGAGUUUUUCGGUGUAACGUUCAAGCUGGAGAACGCAUCCGAGGAGGACGACUCGCUGGACGACGGAGACGAGAUGGCCGGAUCGAACAAGGUGAUGGUCACGUGCGUUGGCAUCGGUUAUAGUAAUUACAGCAAGAAAGUAAAUUAAACUCCGGUUGAGCAUUAUGUAAAUGA